AUGCUGCCUUCCAAAGAGUUUCCUGAAUGGUUAUUAGUCACCGGUUACUCCUUCAAACAUGUAUCCAAUCCUAGGUCAACUAGACUAAAGGAAAGUGCAAGCCCCGUAUCUCAUACAACAGUUCAAAUAGUCGCUGAAACUGAAAGUUGUACUGGCAAUUCAAACAAGAUGGCUUGUUGGAAGAAGAUUCUCAAGCUCCAAGACAUAGCCAAAAGCUUCAUUCGUUUUAAGGUUGGGAGGGGUAAUAAGGUGUUCUUGUGGUUGGAUAAUUGGCAUCCUGCAGGCUGUCUUUUGGAUAAAUAUGGUUAUAGAAUCGUUCAUGAUUCAGGUUUUCCCCUGCAUGCCAAACUGGAUGUCAUUAUGAAGAAUGGUGCUUGGUUUUGGCCUUAUGCCCGAUCAGAUGAUCUUGUUGAGAUUCAGAGUCAACUCCACACAGUUGAGGUUGGAGAUGCUGAUGAGCCAGUGUGGAAUUCUCGAAGUGGCAUACAUAAGUGCUCGGACACUUGGGAAAAAUUGAGAGAGGUGCAUCCGGUAGUUGUAUGGUGGAAGAUUGUUUGGGCUCCUGUUUCUAUCCCUCAGCAUUCUUUCAUGCUUUGGCUAGUUUUCAAGGAUGCUUUGAUCACUAAACAACGCAUGUGUUGCUAG